AUGGCAGGCGACUUGUGCCCCUCCCCCUCGGUGACAGCGACCGCCGUCACCACCACGGCAUCCUUUGUCUCCCCGCGCACCCCAAAGAGUACACCGCCGCCCACGGCAAGCCGCUGUCUUGUUCGACCGCUCUUACGCCAGCGGCACCAUAGCAGAUCCGACGGGCCGCAGCACCAGCAACAGCAGUCCAGCUACGCCCCAAACCCGUCCUUGGUGACUCUGUGCGAGAGUGAGCGAGAGGGGGUCGGCGGCGUAGAGAUACUCCUCGCGAAACAGCAGCGGCCCAUGCGCGCCAUUGUGUCCAGUCGAUACCCCGGCACCGCGGCAGGUCAGCAAGACCGGCGGCAACGGCAAGAGGGCUCGGCGGAGACAGCCGUAGAUGGCGGCGCCGCCGCCGAGAAGCUCGCGAGCGGCACGGCGAAGGAGAAUGACGGAGCGGGUCACAGCGGCAGCACCACCACCACUGGCGGCACCGCCGAGGGGGUUCGAUGUAUAGACAUGCAACCCCUCUCAGACCACCACACCGCGGCGACCCCCAGCGGCGCUACACAUGACCAAGAAGACAAGAGGCAGGUCACCACCUGCUCCAUAUCAAUCAACUCGGCGCACCCCUGCGGCGAAGCCUUGGUCGCACCGCCGCCCGCUUCCUACUCCUCUAACCCGUCUGCCAGCACGGCGCACAACGGCAGCGCGUCGAGCAGCUUCUACGGCGCACCAGCAAGCUCCCCUCGAGCAGCCGGCGCCGGUAGAGGGCACGCAGCUGUUGCAUCACUCUCCCCGCUUGCACUCCCCAGCGGCGCCCCCACAUGCAAUGGGAGCGGAAGCCACAGCGGCAGCAACACUGAAGCCAAGGUUGUCCCUCUGAUGCUGCGCACUUGGCUUUCCACCCACACCAUCGGCGAGGAGCUCGGCUCCCCGGCCACCUCGCGCUCCGCCUCGCGAAACCUCGUGAGCGGGCCGUCCCUCACGGUGCUGCAGGCCCCUCUCAGGACACUGCCUCCCAGCGGCGCCACAAGCAUGGGCAACGUCACCCCACUCAGCAGUAAGCGGGGCAGUACCCAUCCUUCGUUCCUGCGCCCGCCAAACGUAACCCGCGUGAGCGGCGAGCAAGGCAGCCCAACGGACGGCAUCGCACAUGCCGUCAACGGCCGAGUUUUAUGCUCUCCGCACGGCGUGCGGCCGCCAGAUCGUGGUGCCCGCCGCACCAUCUUUCAGCGCGGCACCUCAAACCUCUCGCUGCCUGAGGCCUCUUCAAGCCGCGGCGCGCCGCCGCCGAGUGAUCUCGGUGAGUGGUCCAGCGGUGCAGCCGUGAGAGAGGGCACCGCCUCGGCGCGGCCGCCGCCGCCGUCGAUGCCGAAAGAGAUGCACAGCUUCAUCCUCAGCCAGUAUCGCACCUUGCAGCGCGACGUCCUACCGCCCCCCGCUUCACCGCAGUCUGUGGACGCUGACGUGGCCUCGGUGGACUUCCAGCACAUGAAGAGGGCGACGUGUUCGAAGCACUCCAAGGCAGCCAAGAAGGCGCUCAAGGCACAGGAGGAGGUGCGGCUGCGUGUCCUUCAGCAGCAGCACCACGACGUGGAGGUGAUUCGAAAUGGCGGCCGCGAGCAUGUUGGGCAGAACAUGAAAAGCAGCGUGGUGCUGGCCGGCUCUCUGUCGAAGCUUCGAGCGCGCACCCGCUCUAGCCUCGGCAGAAGCGCCGCCACGGCGCUCGGUGCGAGCCCGGCGACGUCCUUCAUAAUAGGCUCACUAGACGAGUGCAGCGUCACCGCCCUCUACUCCGGAGACGGCCCCGGUCGCGCAACUCCGGGAACGAAUGGCACGGCGCAGUCGCCGACACCAGAGCGGGAGCGGGAAGCCUGGCACGCGUCCAAGGCCUUCAUGGCAUCGAAUGCCCCUGCUGACGCACAGCGGCACGGGCGGCAGUCCCGCAGCGUCAACAAGAAUCGCAUGAAAGGCGAGGAGAUUGUCAUGGCGAUCGUCCUCGACAGCGAAGACGAGGAGGAUGUCGAUGCAGGCACCACGUCGAACGCGGAAAUAUGGAGGCGAUCCCACGUCGACCAGUCGCACAGGAGCGCGCACGUGAGCUCCACGGACCUGGGCGAGUUGUCGAUUGACACGGCAGCAAAGCGCGCUGGCGAGCGGCUUGUCUCCCAGCCGCAGCGCCGCAGAGGUGCAGCAGCUUCUGUGAGGUGUGCGGAGCGCGACGCGCACAGUGGCAGCAGCAGCAGCAGCCACGUGCGCAGCGCAUCGUCCCCGUCCUCCGCGCUGCCGCGGGCAUGCUUGUCCACACACUCACUUGGUGGCUCUCACCACCACUCCAAUGCCACCACGACUCUGCUGGGGCACAGCUCUUCGGGAAGCGACGACGACGAAGACGCGGAGGAUGAGUGCUGCCACUGCUGCCCUUGCAAGCGCCCGAAGAACUUCUUUGCCCUCUGCCGCACGAGUAGUCAGAGCGCCGCCUCGCUCGUGUGGCAAGGUGAGAAGCGAGCCGUGGCGCCCAGUGACAGUCAAGAGGAGAAGCCGUCGAGCACGGCCAUGUCGCGCGCCAACCCCGACGGCAGCCAAUUUGUGGUGGAGGACUUGGAGGACAGCGACGAGGAUGAGCCGACGCUCUCCAUGCAGAGCUUCCGCCGCGCUAACGUUCAACGCAUACGAUGA